AUGUUAGAUGCAGAAGAAAUUCAACCAAUUCAAGCGAUACGCAAUCAUCCAAGAUGUGGCAUAACCAACUCUCGUAUACCUCGUAUUGUCGGCGGCAACACUACUUCUCCUCAUAGUGUUCCAUGGCAAGCAUUAUUGAAUAUGUUUCAUACAUCAGGGGGUAUUUUUCGUAAAACAACCUGCGGUGGCUCACUAAUUAAUGAAAAUUGGGUUAUUACAGCUAGUCAUUGUGUAUCAAAUAAGCCGAUUCUAGUUACGGUUGAACUUGGACGGCAUAAUAUUACAGCAAAAGAAACCUAUACUAAACAAAUAAGAACAGCUAAGUCAAUCUUUCGACAUCCCAUAUCUCAACAUAAAGAUUCCUAUUCAGAUAUUAAAGAUCUGGACGGUGAUAUUGCUUUAAUUAAACUAAGUGCACCCGUAACUAUUAAUAAUUUUGUGCGUCCAAUAUGUUUACCAGCAGCUAAUGAUACAUUUAAUAAAUUUAACUUAUGUAAAGUUUCUGGUUGGGGUAGAACAGCUGGCCAACAGAGUCACAUCUUACGUUAUGCCAAUCUACCUAUCUUAAAUCGGAAACUUUGUAAUAGCACCUUUUCUUAUGAUGGUCAAAUUACCUCUAACAUGCUAUGUGCUGGUUAUAUGCAAGGCUAUACCGGUGCUUGCUUUGGGGAUAGCGGCGGUCCAAUGUCAUGUCGCCAUCGUCCAAAUGCGGUCCUAUCGGGAUAUUCAAACCGAUGGUAUUUAGCUGGUGUUGUUAGUGGUGGACGGAGUUGCGGCCGAAAACAUUAUCCUAGUGUUUAUGCAAACGUGACUGCAGCACCCAUUUAUAGAUGGCUAUUAAACAUAUUAGGAAAUAAUUAA